UAGUGACAAAGAAUUUAUCAACACUAAGUAGGCGGGACUUCCUUUCAAUUCCAGCUUGGAGGCCUGAGUUGAAGGGCACAGUCUGCACGGAAUCUCCUCAAGGUUCACUUAUCCAUCAUGGGAGGUCAUGACGCAGGAUCCCAACACCAGUUCACUGGGUUUGCCAAAUACUUCAACGCAUACACCAUGGUUGGCAGGAGAAAUUGCGUUUUGGCCACGUAUGCUAGCCUAGCAGCAAUUGGUCUCUUUUUUAAAUUGAAGCCGAAGAAACAAGCCGCAGUCACGGAGAAAUAACACAUACAAAUGAUUUUUGCCUGCUGGGAGUGGAGAAGGCAGCUGGAUGUGCUUGUAAGAUCAUAACUGUUUGUUUUCCCUAUGUUAACAAUAAAGACCAUUAAUGCCCAAAACAUAAAAA